GAUUACACCUUCAAGUUGUGCUGAAUCGGGAACUACGCCAUCUACGGCGAAUGUCUGAGGAACCUAACAGCCUAAAGAGAGAGUUUACCCAAUCAGUCUGGAUUACACCUUCAACGUUGUGCUGAAUCGGGAACUACGCCAUCUACGGCGAAUGUCUGAUAGACGUAACAGCUUAAAGACAGGGAUUACCAAAUCAGAUCAGUACUCUAAUCAUUAUGGCGGCUAACUUCACCCCAGACCAACAAUGUGAAGGAAAGGAGUGUCAAUCAAUCACAGAUGUGACGUACUACGUGGAGGAGAAGAAGAGACUCUGUGAUGACUGCGCCUCUAAAGAAGGACGCAACGCAAGAGUUAAAAGAGGUGUACCAAAUAUUUAUUGUGAAGAACAUGAUGAAAAGGUAAAAUUAUAUUGUAAAUAUCAUGGCGUUCCAUUGUGUUAUUCAUGCGCUAUGAUCAAACAUCUACAGCCUUGCGAGAGACAAGAUAUAAAUGAUGCAAUAAAAGACAGUGGGGCAAGGCUAACCGUUCUAAAAGAAAAAGGGAGGGACAAAUUGAAAGAAGGUCGUCUUUAUGAAGAUGAAAUAGACCAAUGCACGAAAGACACAGACACCCAUCUACAAGCUUUGAAAGAUGAAGUUAAUUCGAUAAUCAAGGAGGCGAUCAACAUAGAUAAAGUAAAGGAGAAGAUGGAUGCUGACAAAAUCAACCAUAAUUUUGAUGAUCAGAAUCAAGUACUUGAAGAAGAGAUUAUGAAGAUUAAUGAGAAGAUUCGAAAGAACAAUGAAGAGAGAGAAAAACAACUUGGAUUAAUCCAUACAAAUGCACAGAUUAGACAAAGACACAUGGACAAUAAGAAGAUUGGUCUUCAUAAAGACAUUGAUAACAUUGUUAAAGAGAAGGAUAGGAAGAUCAGAGAGUUGAUGAAAUUAUUACAGGAUGACACAAAAACAAUAGAGAAUGCAAUACAGACCAUAGAUACAGUACUAGAGGACGAUAAAAACAUUGUUAAAGACGGUCAUAGUGUGAACAUGUCAGUGAGUGAUAAACUAAAGAAACCCCUUUAUAAGAAUGAUGUGAAACAGACCACUCAUAGAAUAUCAGAUGUGAGGUUUGUGAAGGGUGUUGAGAGAGAGAAGUAUGAUGGUAGGAUUGGUGGGUAUGAUGGCGAGUGGAUGCUUAGUGAUACAAUCAGUGUCAAAGAUAAAUUCACAUCCCCACGGAUUGUUGGUUGCAUAGAUGAAUGUAAUGUGAUCAUCACUGACAGAGCUUUAGGUAGCCACACAUAUAUGUUAGAUAUGAACACGAAACACAUUCAGAGAGUGAUAACGGGUACUGAUACAUCAUAUGUAGUCUCCUGUGCAUUACUGAAUGAUGACAAGUUAGUGUGCGGUAGAUGGUGUAGAGGUUGUACAGGGGACAGUUUGACUGGAUGCAUCAGUGUGUAUGACAGACAAUGGAUGCGCAUCAAUGACGUCACAAUACCCAAAACCACAACGCGCGAUACCUCAUUGGUGGAUGUAGCUGUUGACCGUGAUGGGAUGAUCAUCGCUGCUGAGCGACUUCGGUCUAAGAUAUACGUCAUCAACCCAGCAGAUAGUAAGAUCGUAAAUACCAUCAAAUGUAAAGAGGAAGUACUGAUGCGAGGUGUGCUAUCAUCAGGUCACAUCAUCGCUCAACCUGUUGAUAAAAAAGUACUAAUCAUACACAGACAGGGUGGUCAAAAGGAAAUCCCCCACAGUGAUGUCAUCUUUAAUGUCAGUGUUGAUCCUAUAACAGACGACCUCUACGUUGUGACAUCAGAUGAUGAGUACAAGACGUGUGUGAUUGAUCAGGUGAUGAGUGGGAAUGAAGUGAAGGUAAGAAGAGUGACGUCAUUUCCUCUAUCUACUAGAAUGACUGAUGAGGAUGAUAGGGUGCUUUACCUUGUUAAUUCCCGUGUAAUGAUCUCAUCAUCAGGCAAGAAAAUUGCUUGUGAUGGAGAUAGUAUUCUCGUAUUCGAAAAGAGAAUCUCACUAUAGAAUGAUGAUAUAUCGGGAUCAAUUAUUGGAUUAACUUUGACAAUUUUUGUAUACCAUGACCACAGUGAUACCAUCUUUAGAGAAUUAUUUGCAUCAAUUAUGUUAUUAAGUUGUAGGCCUAAUAACUCUCAGCCAUUUUAAACAUCCCAGUUGAAAAUGAACAUUUUUUUAAUAGGUCCGCAUUCAAGAACAUAUCACUCAUAUGGAAAUAGGUCUCAAUAUCAUUUGUUAAAUCUAU